AUGAAUGAGAAUAAAUCUUUACAUGCCAAAAGAUAGUCAGCAUUAUCAUUAUGUAUGAAUAUUUAUAUAAAAUAUAGUAAAUCCUCCCCAAACUACAGCUUUAUCUUGGUGUAUUGUUACUUCAAUGGGAGAUGAACUAUCAAGCAAAUCUCCUUCCUUAAAGUUAGAAGUGGCAAGUCUUACCAAAAUAAUGACAGCUUAUACAGCUAUAUAAUUAUGUGAAGAAUUAAAUCUUGAUUAUGUAAUUCAAGCUUAUGUAAUCUAAUUUUAGAAUGAAAUAUACAUACGUAUUCCUAGAAUUGCUACAUAAAUAGGAGGGACAUCAGCUUUUUUAAGAAGGGAUGACACAUUGUCUUUAGAAGAAUUAUUAUAUGCACUGAUGUUACCCUCUGGAAAUGAUGCUGCAAUAUCUAUUGCACUGCAUUUUGGAUCAAUACUCAAUACUCAACGAAAAUAAAAGAUUGCCAGUUAUAUAACAUGUGAUACUAUCUAAGGAUUUUAUGAUGAUACAUAAAUGAGCAAUAUGAAUAGAUUUGUAAGAUAAAUGAAUGAGAAUGCAUUAAAAUUAGGCAUGAGAGAUUCUUAAUUUUCAAAUCCGCAUGGUCUCAGUUCAAAAGUACACAUUUAAUACUAGAUUAAAUAUAGGCUAAUAAAUCAACAGCAUUAGAUAUGUGUAGAAUGAGUUCAGCUUAUUUGAAGAUCCCCAUUUUAAAAUAAAUUUGCAAUAGUAAAUCCUAUUCUUGCAGAAAUUAUGAAUGGUUUAAUACUAAUUAAUUGUUACAUUUUGAAAAUUAUUAAGGAAUUAAAACAGGAAUAACACCUAAUGCUGGUGCUUGUCUUGCUGUCUCUUAUGAGAGUUUAUUAGGAUCAAUAAUAGUAGUAUUAAUAGGAGCAAGAGAUUAAAAAAGAAGAUUUGAAGAAACAGACAAACUCAUUAAUUGGAUAUCUAGAGAAUAUACAUUGUAUUUCAAUAAAACCAUGUAUGCUCCACCUAGAACUGCCUAAAGCAAAGGUAGAUCAUUUAUAAUAAAAAAAUAAGUAUGA